UCAAACUGUUGAAUCUUAUUUCCAAGAAUGUUGCAACACUGCUGAAGCCACUUUCCAAUCAGCUUCAAAUCCUUCUACACCAGCUUCCACAGAAUCGACAAAUAUCACUGGUGUCUCCGGUUUAGAAAUAGUCUGUACGUCGCUUUUGCUUAUAUCUCUUAUCAAUGUGUUAUAGGAUACUACCACUGAAAAUGAUGUCGCAAUGGUGAACUCUAUGUUGCAAGACAAUGUUGAAGAAGGAAUGAUUGAAAGAUUGAUGGAACUUGAAGAAGAUAACGAAGACGCUGACGAACAAAUUUUACUGGACGUGAUCAUGGAUGAAGAUAUUGAAAACAAGGGAUGCUCUCGAAAUUGUCUUCGAUCCCUACAAGCGUGUUUGACAAGAAUGUUAUUUAUCGAAAGCAAAGCAGAAUUCAGCAAUCAAGUAUUCAACAGUUUUUGGGAUGGUACCAAGCUUUCUGACAAUGAACUAUCAACAUUGGGUCGUCUAUACAAUACCUUACGUCCUUUCAUACCAAUCAAAGGAAAAUCGUCAACCAUUGCUGAAAAACUACCUUUUGUCUUCCUCGCGAAUGCUAUUUUUCAAAUAUCUGGAUAUCAUCAUUUCAAGCAAAAGCCCUGCCCAAGAAUUUCUCCCUCUCAAAUACAUGCAUUGCUUUUAGACUGUGCUUCAUUAUAUCAAAUUUUUGGAUCGAAACAGAAAGAUGGCCUUCGACCAUUGACCAUGACUAAACCCGACAAUACUCCUAUUACAAGUCUUUCAACAGCCCUUGGUUACAAGAAGGAAGUCAUUGGAUCAAUCUUUGACAUGGACGCUAUUGGCAAAGUGUGCUCCUCGGCUGGAUGAGUUUUUCAUGACAACAUCACCAUCGUGGAUGGGAAGACAGCAGUACUCACCGGUGUUACAAUAAAGUCACGAUUCAAAUCCAUAUAUCAAAACCAACACCAAUCAAAGAAGGAUCAUUUACCAAUCACUGAUGGCCGUUCUCACGAAGAAAUGAAAAAUGAAAUGGUGCUUAUUGACGCUCGUGUUUUGGAAUUGGACGAAAAACGGCUUGGAAGUAUUUGACAUCAAGCAACAGAUCAAGAAGGCAAGUGGCGUGGAAAGGUAUACUCUUGUUGGCCAACUACGAAGCAAACAAAAAGGGUACGCGGAAGUUAUGAUCAACCUUGGAAAAGUAAAAACAACAUUGGCAAACCUUAGAAGUGACAAAUAUCUUAUCCGACAGAUGAUCCAAAAUGCACCCACUAAAAAAAGA